AUUUGCAAUUAGUUAGCGGCGGCCGUGUUGUCACUUUCAACCGUGUGGAAGCUGUGUCUUCGACGCGAGCAACGAGUUUGUUAUUUUGCAUAGCAAGUGAGCCUCUAUUUACUAUGAACUAACUAUUUUGAGGACUUCUAAGUAUCAAUCACGAAAAUUUGUUUGGAGAAGGCCCUGUCAACCUGGACUGUGGCAAUUCAAGUGCAAACAACAAGAAAAGGCGCACGGUGGACCCUACGUGAACGUCACAGUUAUAUCUAUAAAUUGUAACAGGACUCGAGGUUUGUGCGGUUUGCUCCGAGGAGGGCACACCCCGAGCUGCCCGGCUGGGCGCGGUCGGGCCGCUUGGGCCAUUUCCAUACAGCUCAUUUGGAAAUGCCACUUAGCUAUCUGUGAGCGUGGGUCCACGCAGUGGACAUAUGGCAUUCGCGGAGCGGCAUCCCUCGCCGCGGAGCCACAGCAUGCACCGGAGUCCCACGCUGGAGCACGGCGGCGGCGGCGGCGGCGGCGGCGGCGAGCCGGGCUCCCCCGCCCCGCGGCUGCAGGUGCACCGGGACUGGCUGCAUGAGCGGCCGCCGGAGACGUCGGUGUUCGUUGCGGACGAGGAUGUCCGCAACGCGGCGGAGGGCGCCUUCAGUGUGCUGGCGCAGUUCGGAGUGCUGGCGGCCGCGUCACCCCAGUCGCCUCUGGCCAAGUGGCGGCGCAGCGCCAUCCGCAUCGCCGCCGGCAGCGCGGCGCGGCGGCUGCGCGAGGCGGCCCGGCUCAAGGCGCUGCAGCGCACGCCCUACCCGCUGGUGCUGGCGCGAAUAAAGCUGCUGCUGGACCGAAUGGCGGCCUUCAAGGAGCAGGUGGCCCUCAUGAGCAGCAGCGGCGGCGGCGGCGGCCCCCACAGCGGCCUGGGCGGCGCCGGCGCCAAGUCCCGCCGCCGCGGGGCCCCGCCCUGGGGCGGGGACGGCGGCGGCGGCGGCGUUGGUGGUGUGGGAGGAGGUGGAGGUGGUGGUGGCGUUGCGGGCAGCCCCACGGGUCCGGACGGGACGGUGCGGACGGCGAGUGACCUGUUGACGAGCACCAUCAAGAGCUGGGACCUCAGCAAGGUGGGCGGGCACCUCAUCUCCGGGCCCAUGGAGGUGCUGUCGCGCAAGGCCUCCAAGCUCACGCGCGAGAACACCAGCAUCACACACCAUAGCGUCGUCACACUGCCGGCGGGCGCCGCCGACGGCGACGGAUCCGGUCGCAACACCGCCAGCCCCACAGCAAUGGCGGCAGGCGGCGGCGGCGCCGGAGUUGGCGUGGCGUCGUUUCGCAUGGCCGCGAAUGCGGUGUCGGCAGGGGCGGGGCCGGGGAAUGGCGGGGAGGAGGGGUACGGCGGCGAGGGCGAGUACGACGAUGGGGGCGGCAUGGAGCAGCAGGCCCUGGAGCUGGACGAGCCGGGCGGCGGCGCCAAGAUGUCUCUGGACAAACUGCUGGAGGAGCUGUCGGCCACACUGUCCUACGUGUCGGAGUUCCUGCGGCGGGUCCCAGAAGAAACGCGCAUGGAGGCGUGCUUCGCGGCCAAGAUGGAGAACUACAAAAAGGACCAGACCGUGUACCGCAUAGGCGACCCGCCGGAGAGGUUCCACCUGAUCCUGACGGGGGUGGUGGAGGUGUGGACGCACCCGCCCGGCAACCGGCGGGAGAAGACGCUGAUCGCCACGCUGAAGAAGGGGCAGAGCUUUGGCGAGAUGGCCAUUCUCAACGACGAGCCGCGAGCCGAGGUGGCCACGCCCACCUCCAACUGCACCUUCCUCACCUUCCAGCGCUCCGACCUGCUCGCCAUCUUCGGCGCCUACUUCCGCGAGCGCCUGCUGGCCGCCGAGCAGUUCUUCCACAGCCAGGUGGCGGUGUUCCAGGCGCUGCCCAAGAGCCACACGCUCAGCGCCAUCAGCCACAUGAUGCUGACCACCCACCCCGCCGGCAAGGACUGGGAGCCGCUCAACGACCAACAGGUCUACUUCAUCAAGAGCGGCACCGCGGAUCUGGAGGCCCUGGACCGGCGGUUCGCGGGGGGUCCCGCCACAGCCGCCAUCGGCGCGGCGGGCGCGGCGCAGAUCGGCGCCACCCGCGGCGCCAACGCGGCGGCGGUGUCGGCGGCGGCGGGCGGCGCGGCGGCGCUGGACAUACCUGACGCGGACGGCAAUGAGGUGCUGUCGGCCAUCAGUGUGGUGGACGGGCGGGCGGUGGGCACCCUGGGUCAGGAGGACGAGCUGAGGCGCGCGCGGAGGGCGCUCAUACCCAAGAAGACGGUGGCUAGCCUCACAGCUGGGUCGCACUUUGGCGGCGGCGCGCGCAUCCUAGGCGAGGGCGAGCUACAGGGCUGCAUCAAGGUGACUGCCGCCAGCGAGAUGCAGGUGUACCACAUGCACGUGGACGCCUUCCUCAAGGCAGCCUCGCCGGAGCUGGUGCGGGCGCUGCGGGACGACACAGCCUUCAAGCUCACCUACUACUUCGGGAGGCAGGGCACCAUCGGCCAGGACACUGUGGUGGGCCACGCCGACGCCUCCCUGGCGGCUCGGCCGGGCGGGCUGCAGGAGGAGGAGUCGCUGGCGUCGCCCUCGCGCGGCGCCAACAGCGCCGGCCGCAACAAGAAGAAGGGCGGCGGCAAGGGCGGCAAGGGCGGCGGCGGCGGCGGCAGCAACGAGCUGGACCGCGCUGUGGCGUACAUGCGCGAGGUGGAGGGGCUGCUGCACCCAGACAAUAAGCCAGUGGACCUAUACAAGAACGGCACCCCUGUGGAGCGCUACUACCGCUCGCCGCUGCUGUCCGGCACCGCGCGCGGCAACGCCCUGCCGCACAUCAUCGCCGCCGUGUACAGCGAGGGACUGGGGCCGCUGGCGGACAAGGUGGAGGCGCUGGCUUCCAAGGCCGCGCGCCGCAUGGACUCGGGCGGGGGCGCGGGCGACGCCUCCGCCGUGAAGCGCAUGCUCAGCAUCGUGGCGCCCUCCGGGGCAGGCACGCCGCUGGGCGGCUCCGCAGGCCCCAGCCCCACAGGACAUGGCCACGGCCACGGCCACUACCAGCACAACCUCCACCACCUGCUCAGCCCCAGUGCUCUCGGACCCGGCGCAGCCAGCCGCGGCGGCUCGCCAGCAGGCGGCGGCGGCGGCGGCGCGGGCGGCUCGCCGCCGCAACAACCCCGACCCAACAACCACGGCACAACCUUUGGCGCCCCGGUGGUGCCGGGGGGUUCCGGGGUGGUCGGGUCAGUGCCCAACAGCCCCAUCGGGCGUGCCGGCCCCACACGGCUAGGGGGCGGGCACGCGGCCGGUGGCGGCGCCAGCGCCGCCGCCGCCAUCUCGGCCGCGGCCGGGUCUGCAGGCGCUGCCGGGGCGCCGGUGCCGGAGCCCUGGGCGGGCGCCGGGGCGGGAGCGGGGGCGGCGAGGACAUCACUGGUGCCGGGGCCGUCGCCGACGGCACGGCCGCAGACCAGUCCCGCUGUGGGCAGCUACGGCGCAGGUGGUGCUGGGGCAGGCGGCGGGUACGCGGCGGGUGGCGGGGAUGCGGCGGCGGCGGCGGCGGCGCGGCGGCGCGGCGCGCUGACGGCGGCUGGCUUCAUCUGGCAGCGCAUGCGCGACCUCGGCGGCCGUGCGCCGCCGGCGGUGCGGCAGUGCCUGACGUACGAUGAAAUUGCUCACAUCAAGGCGGAGCAGCAGAGGGCCCUGGCCGCCGGCAGCUCGCCCGGCCACCCCGCCCGCUCCGCCGCAGCCAGCGGCAUGGCCACACCCGUGCCUGCGCGCUACAGCCUGGCGGGCGGCAGCAACUCCGGACCCGUGGGGCACGGCGGCGGCGGCGGCGGCGGAUACUACUGAUGAGGCUGCUGCUACAACCUACAGGGGGGGCUUGCUUGAGAGGUAGGGGCGGGGCUUGUGAGGUUGAUUGGGAUGUUGGAUGUGAUGUUGAUGCUGCACUGGUGUACUCUUAGGUGUGUUUGGCACAGUCUGGAAGACUUCCGUGCGUCGGCUGUGCUGGCCAAGCUGUGGUGGCUGAGCAGGGCUUGCAUAAACGACGGGUGGGCACGCACUGAUGAGCACGUGAAUGAAGCAUACGGUACACGCGAUGAUGUGAGUGUAUGACUGAGUGCUCUAUGCAUUGCUAUGCAUGGUACUGGAUUGCGGCAUGGGCACGAGGUGUCGCCGCUCGGCAGCUCGGCAGCUGUUUCGUGGUCCACUUGACAUGCUGGCUACUGCAUCAGACAGCGUGUGCCCGCACCCCUGGUCGCCUCCGCCCUCGUGCGCGGGGCGAUGCGUUUAGCAUCUACGCGCAGACACAAGGCAUCAUCAUGCAUUGCUCGCCAUCUGCGCGACCUCGAGCAGCAGCAAGCCAGCAGCAGGCGAGGAGCGGGCCAGCGCCGGCAGCAACACCAGCAGCAGCAGCAGCAACACCACCACCACCACCACCACCAGCGCAGCAGAUGGCGAUUCGGCCCUCUCGCUGGAACGGCUAGCCAACGCGCUCGACACGGUCCUACAAGCGGCCCUGUCGCUGGGCGGGCCCUGCAAAGUGCAUAGACCUGGAGGCGAGGGAUGCAGUAGACGGAUGCAGGUGCUCGGGCCCACAGCGCUGUUCUUGAGCACGCGGCCCGCAGCGUUGCUGUGCCUGGCAGGGGAGGGGGCGAUGCCCUAGUGCCUGGGCCGUGCGCUGACGAGUGACGGUGUCGGCAAUGGCGGCACAGAAGAAGCAUGUGCUGCAGCCGUAGCAGCGAGCACGCAGCGCAAUGCCGCAGCAGGCGCCGGCGCAGCAGGCGAGGCGGGGCGGGAGCAGGGGCAGCGGCAGUGUCCGAGUCUGAGGAGGCGGUCGUGCGGGCGUUCAUGCUGGAGGAGACACAAGGCGGCAGGGCGGGCCUGGUACCGGCGUUCUUGCGGCUGUGUGUGUCUAUCACCUCUGUGCGCCAGAAGUACACGAUCUUAAUGGCCGGCCUACGCCGGCACCUUCGACCGGCACCUAAGCCGAUGCGGCUGGCCGAUGCAGUGCCAGCCAGCACGCCUGUGGUGCCACUGCAGGCCGGUGCCGCCUGCAGCCGCAGCCGCCACGUCGCCGCCCCAUGCCCGUCAUGGCUGCCGUGUCGCAAUAGCACAGGAGCAGGAGCAUGCGCCUUACGAAGGCAGAACAAUGAGGUUGACAUUCACAUCUUGCAAACGGUCAUUCCGG